ACAUCACGCUGGUAAUAGUAAUAGUUUAUACCAAAACUUUACGAUAGAGAAUUUCCAUUUUCAUUCAAAAUAUGUAGAAUAGGAAACACUUAGAUAUUUAAUUUCGAUUCACCGUGAAAAUUUAAGAAAGUUUCUGUAAUUUUCAAGGUGUUCAGAGGACUCGUUUGGUUGCAGGUGGUGGGAUUUAUCACAUUCACAACCAGAGAUGGGAGCUAGCUAGCGAGACCAAGAUGUAUUCUUUCGGAGUUCUGCCCCGUUAGUAAAGGCUCAUCACACCUAUUCCUCGUCCCGCGCCGGUGCGAUGGACAUGGAUAAUGCAAGUGCAAGAUCGCCAAAUCAUAUGUUUCAUUCAAUUAAAGGACGUUCAUGGAGACUGCAGUUCAUCAAAAUAUCCAGAUUUUGUCAGUUAGCCCUUCUUCUACUUUCCUAGUACAUGCUCAAUAGCUAUUUCACAAUGUUUUCAUUAUCAACUAGCAGUCAAACAAAGACAUUUCAGUUUGAUCCAAGCAGAGGAAUUGAUUUUGAGAAUGACAUAAAAAUUCUUCGGAGGUCAAGGCUGACCAAACUCUCUGAGUUUAUGACAAUGUUACUGUCAGCCGAGCGCUUCCAGCGAGAUGCCAAAUUAUCAUCAUUAACGAGGAAAGACAAGAAUCAACUCGCUCAGCAAGCUGAAGAUGCUCAGUUCUUUAGAAUCUUGCUGCGGAUGUUGAUGGAAGUCAGCAGGGCUAGUGGCUUAAAGCAAAGAGAUGACUUGAAGAAAGUCUACCAUUGGUAUCAACUCAAUAAGGAAGUCUUGCAUUGUGAACCGCACUUCAAAGGAGCAGGCAAGCAGCUAUACAAGCGUCCAGAGCUGAAAUUCUCAGCAGAUGCAAUCAAGUUUUACUCUGACCCUCCAGGAAGGAGAAAGAACAAUCAGGUGACCUUCCAGAUGACCUCUCAGCAGAGCAGUCCGAGGGUUCAAGGGUCAGAUGAAUUUGAUGAUUUACGGAUAGACACCAGUAGACCAAAGACAGCGCCUUCUAGCUUGAGCAGACCAAAGAUUCAUAACUCACUCCGAAGUCCAAGAUCAGGUGAUGACGAUGCUAGUUUUGCAGUCAACUACAUCAAUUCCUACCUCAACAAUCACUUAUCUCCCAUGGCAUCCAAGCUAGAUAGACCAACAUCGGCCAUGAGUGUCAUCCGCCACGCCCAGAUAGCAUCUCAGCAGAGGAAUGAGGACGAGGAGGGGGAGGUUCUUGUCAGUGACCGAUCUGCUCAUUCUCAAGCUGCAAGCCUCGCCAGUGAUUCAAACAUCUCAAUACAAGUACCAGACAGGAAGCAAGAUGGAGAAGAGAAGAAUGACGAGAAUGAAGAUGAUGGGAGUGUGAAGAUGGAGGAUGAUGGAGAAGAUGCAGUGGAUGGAGAGAAGGAAGAAGAAGGUCCUGGUCUCUUUAAAAGGAAACCCCCAUUGACAAGCCUGGUGAAUCCUGUAGCUCAAGCCACGUUUGAAGAGGAAUCAUUCCAUGGAGCCUUACCUUCUGAGAUCAGUGAAGGCACUCUACUUAGGGUUCAAGUGGACAUGCCUAAGGCUACAGCCUCAAAGCAGUCUCCUGGUCCAUCGGAGGCCGAGAAGAAAGCAGCAUACCUACAACAAUGGCAUGAUUACCAGCAACAGCAAGGAAUGACUGCCGGGGAUGGGACGUCCUCUGUUGAUAACGGAGAGAGAGUUGUCACUACCGAGGUACCUGAGAGAUUUACUCAAGAGGUUUUGGCAAACUAUGCAGCCCAGGAAUCAUUUGUCACAGAUAAUGCUCCACGCAUCCCUACCAAUAGUCUUGCAUCCCAGUCACUUGAGAAUUUCUACAAGAUGACAGAGAACCAUGAACCCAAGGUUGACCGGAAUCCUAUCUCAGCACAGUCUGCGCUAAUACUACAGAAAGCUCAAGAAGCCAAGAAAGUCACUAUAUCAGAAGAAACUUCUCAUAAUACAAGGCAAAGAGCUCUAAGUGCAAGAAUAGAAAGACCAUCUUCUGUACAAGCAGGUUCUCUUGUGAUGUUAGCAGAUCAUGUUGGUGAUAAUAUGAUGGUGGAAAAAGAACCGAAUGGGCCCGAGGCACCUGUAGGCUUCCGCAGACCUUCAUCCAAGGUUCCCCCAAAGAGACCUGCUACUGCACCCAGCUCCAAACCUGUGAGUGUCUCUGUUUCCAAGAGCUACGGUGGGAUGUCACCUCCUCCGAACAGUUCAGGAGAUUCCACCCCAGAGUACACACCCAGAAACAGGAAAGGCGAACCUAUAUUCACUUUACCAGAGGAAUCAGACUACAAUGUACACUUCAGAAGACAGGGUCAAACACCAGUCUCGGCCACUAUCCCUCAUUCUAUAUCUAGACUUCAAGGAUCCACAGUCCCAGACACAGCUAGAUACAAGUGGCGUGAUGAUGGGUAUGGUAACAUGACCUAUCGGAAAAUACACAGUCGAAUCCAGAGCGCUCCUGCUCAGAGGACUUCCUUGAGGACAGCAGGCUCAACCAGGGGUGGGAACAGACCUAGAACUGCUUCAGAGGCUUCCUCCAAGAAAAAAUGGCAUCCAUGUAAGGUGUGUGAGGACAGUAUUCGUCUACCUCAAGCAGCAAGCCAUCGUAUGAGAACAAUGCAUCCAGCUACUGUGGCUAGUAUGAUGUCUAUUAAAACACUGGAAGGUGAUAACAGAAGAAUGAGAUCAAGAAUGGGACAUCGUCACACAGGAACUUAUCCUUGGGAAGAGGAACAUGUGGUAACAGGAAAUGAACCACCUAGUAUGCAGUACAUGUCGAUCAGUACACCCGCUGCCAUUAAAGUGAGAAAUGCUACUGAUGGGAGCAAGGCACCAAACCAGAGCACAGAGAGCCUGGUACCUAAAGACUCCCUACGUAGUCCAUCCAGAGACUCAUCUCAUCGUAGUCCAGUCCAGGGCUGGUUCAUGGGUGAUAGCUCUGCAGGAGAGACAACCACAUUGGCUGAUGGACCACCCUCUACACAGGGAGGAGACAACAAUUCCUCUACCGUCAUGGCACCGAGUGAAAGAAGCUUUGGAGAGAUUUCGGAUGGCGACCUUGCUGACCUGACCGAUCAGACCCUUAGCCCUGCUGACACACCCAGGACAAUAGACAGUGGGGAAUACAGACCCAAGAGCAGGGUGGAUCUGAGUGUAGGGAAUAGCAGUGGAGUGUUUGGACAAGAGAUACAUGUACCACAGGCUGAGGUUGAUUGCGGAUCACCAGAUCUCGCAACAAAAGAGGCUGAAGAUUCAUUGGAAGGCACACCUAGAAAGGAUGAUGGCAAUGGUUCUGUUGGGGACACACCUCGCUCAGACAGUACAAUCGGUCAGGCUGAAAAUGUAGAGGUUACCAGCUCAGAAACUACACCAAGAGAGACUAUUAUCAAGGAGGAACCUGAUCAAACUGGUUCUGAGCGGUUACAACUGGAGGAGGCUGGUUCUAAGAGUGCUGAAGCAGAGGCCGUUCUGACCGGAUCUGAAGAGAAUGGGGCAAAGCAGGAAGAAUCUAACACUGAACAAGAUGCUCUUCCAUCAGUUCCACAUAGUUUCAAAGCCCAAGCUGUAGAACCUAGACCUUCCUCCUCCUUCUCCUCUUCCUCUAUCAUUCAUGCUAUGCCAGACCACGCCCAUUCCUUCGUCCCUUUGGAAAAGCAUGAGAAAACAUUCCACCACCAGCAUCACCAAAGACAGCAUCCUCAUCCCCAUGGCAACCAUCAAGAGCAUCCUCAAGAUGGCCACCAAGGAGCAAAAGUAGUAUCCCUUGAUUUAGAUGUUAACCUGCAUGAGAGAAGUCAUAGUCCAGCUUCUACAAACACACCUCAUCAUGCACCCACUGCAUAUAUGAAGCUUUCUGAAGCUGAGGAGAAGAAACUGAAAGGCAAACAUCCCACCGCUGCCACCAAUAUUCCUGAAUACCUGCUGAUGAUGCCUGCUGUUAGUAGUAAACCCUUGACACCACAGAGUAGCAGACCAACCACACCCAGAUCAGUCACAUCUAGAACAACCACACCCAGGUCACCAAGGGUUUCUCCUGCAACCAGCCCCUGUCCGAGGAACUCAAGGAGCCCUUCUCCGUCCUUCAGGUCACGAUCGCCAUCCAUGAGGUCACGUUCUCCAUCCAUUCGGUCCCAUUCACCAUCUAUUCGGACUCCAUCUCCUGUAUCUGUAAAUGGACGCCUCUCGCCAAAUGUGAAGACAUCAUCACAAGGACAUGAUUCUGUGCGCAGCUCUAGAAGCCCCAGUCCUACACUCUCCACAGCAUCACAGUCACUGAGACCAAAGUCUGCCAGGUUAAGGGUCACCUCAGCUCGACAACGAGAACCAACCCCAUCAGACACCGAGAAGACAGAGGAGAUGAGAGAAGGAUCAGAUCAGGGCAGGGCAGUAGAGGCUGGAGAUAGGAGUAACUCACCGGUGGGCGUGGUAUCAGGGGAUGGGGAGAGGAGUAGCUCACCGAUGGGCCUGGUAUCAGAGAGUAGGAUCAGUAUCACGGCUGAAGAUGAAGAGGUAUCUGCCAUUACCGAUACAUACGAUGACCUGGGUAUCAUCGAUGCUGAUGGCGUCAGUCUGUCCCCCUGCACACCUGAUAACUUCAGCCAGCAGGAUGGCCUCUCAUCUGGAGCUACAUCACCUUCUAUCACCAUCACCAUGGCAACAUCUGACCAGCCAUCUACCGUACCGCAUAUCUUGGUUAAAAGACCCAGCUCAGCUCCCGGGAUCAGGAGCGAUGAAGGGCAUUCAUCGCUAAGACUGUCAGCUGAAGAAUGUAAUGGUGGCGGUGGUAGUAGACAGUCGUCUGCUAGAGGUCGGAGACCAGUUUCAGCAAGGAGAGCAGCUUCACCUCAACCCAGGAGGCCCACAUCACCAAGACCUACAUCUCCGAGGUUUACUAGACCCAUGUCUCCUAGAAGUAAACAGAGAGGAUCACAGUGGGAAGGUAGACCUGUCCCUGCAUUUGGACAUUCAAACCCUGAGGCUGAAUAUGAAUCAUAUCAGAAGCAACAAGAAGCUAAGAACUCGGUUCAGAUCCAGAAGCUUUUCAAUAAAUCCUCAACCAAGGAAGCUAAGAAAAGACACAGUCAAGCUGAGAGGGCAAGGCAGGAGAAAAUGGGAAGGGAAGCAUUUGAAUCAGAAAGAGCAUACCUUGAACAUUUAUGGAGGAGAGAGGUGGCCCUGUAUAAGCGAGAUGAUAUCACCUUUAAGAACUUUGAGAAAGAGUACAUGUUGGAUAAACUCAACAGAAGUAAACUAAGACAAGAGAAACGUAACAUGCUACUCCAAGAACAAGCAGCUGAAAAUAGACGUCAAAUGGCCCUGCUCAAGAGGAUAGGACCAAGCGUUGAUAUUCAUGAGUUAUUCAAUGCCCAGUCUCGAGGUGUUUCUAAAGCUGUAAUGAAGAGAGCAGCUAUCAGUAUACAAAGGUUUGUCAGAGGAAUGAUUAUCAGAAAAAUGCUUGCCAAGGUGAAGGAAAAGAGUCGCAUCCAUGCUGGUUCUUUCAAGUCUUUCAUCAAGUACUACUACAGUUUAAUGAAGAAGAUUGCUAGAUGGCAUGGCGUCAAGAAACCUAGGAUACAUCUAGACCUCUGGCAGAUGGAAGAAUUCAUGGAUAAAAAGAAAUAUUAUGAAUACAUCUUUUCCAAACGGAUCCACCCUGAGACUCAGAUGCCUGCCAAGGAUCUCCCUUCUUAUCUCAAGGAAUGUGAUCAUCAUCCUUCUCAAAGAGAGAUUAACAACGCCAUACUAGGAGCAACCAAAAAGGAUUUCACUAAGCCCAACCUAAUGCUGAAAGAGAGAGAAGUGUCUGAGAUUGUCUUCAUGAUCUACGUCCCAAGAGGAACUGGUCUGGAAGCCAAGAAUGUCCGCAAAUCAACCUGGCUCAAUCCACUGGUAGACGGGGAGGAAGCAAGGAAAAUGAUGGGGACUGAUGAAGUAAAAAAUGUGGAGCUCUCCAAGUCACUGCAGCUGGUCUUCAACUCGAUGCAAGAACGCAAAGAACAGAAGAUGUACGAAGAUAGGAUUAGAAAGAGAGAAGAAGAAAAGAAGAGGCUGGAGAUGGAGGAGCAAGAAAAAGAGAGGGAGGAACAAGAGAAGAAGCUGAUUGAUGGUGAAGGAAAAGAAGAGGGGGAAACAGUUGAGAAAAAGGAGAAAGAGAAUGAAAGUGAGGUGAAGGAGUCUUGUAAUGAGAAGGAAUGAAAGAGCAAUAAGGAAAUUAACAGAGAGAGAUUGGCAGACCGCGUCAGAUACCCUUCUCAUAUAUGCUAGCUUUUUAUAUAAAAGAUAUGAAAUUUGCAACUAUUUUAUGUAUAUGCUCUUUUCAGUGCCAUGUAUGAAGCAGGGUCUAAUGAAUUGAACAGAACUUUCCUUCCAUUUCAUGCUUAUUACCAGAUAAGACCAUAGAAAAUUACUGCAAUAAAUGAAACUGCACUACCGGUAUACUGAUCUUAUAUUACUGGCCAGUAUCCAAUUCAGUAUCCAAGUCAGAAAAUUAAGUAUUUUAUUUAGAAUUUUGCUUAGUUUUAUAUUUGAUCGUACAUAUAUAACAUAUAUAGACAAUCUGGAAAUCUCAUUGGCAGGUAAAUGUUUUUGUUCAGUCAUUCUGAGCUGUGCAGAAUUAUAAAGAACUUGGGUGCAUAAGUUACGCAUAAUUCAGAAUAACAAUCUGAUAUCACAAUUUUCCUCAUGAAGUAUUUGGUUUACUUGAGUAAAAUGCUUAGUAUUGAACUGAAUAUGAAAUAAGUAAAUUACCGGUACCGGAACUUAAAAGUAAAAUGCUUGCUUUAAAUAUCUAAAUUCUGAAAUGAAUACCAACCCCAAUCUUCACUAUUAUGCUGAAUAAGACCUGGCAAAGGUAUAAUGUACAGAAUUUCAGUGUACCGGAUUCUAUUUCUCAGACAAUAUUUUGUAAAAGCAGGUUUAUUGCAAUGUAUAAGUCUCUUCCAGAAUUCACAUUGGGAUACACCAAGGGUGUUCAAGCAUGUGAAGGCUUUAGGAUGAAGGUGCUUAAUGGCUCCAUAUUUUAAGUAGUACAGUCUUGACCAAAUCUGAUAUGCUGAAAAAUAUAUUUUGUACAAUGUGGCCAUGGAUGUUGCAUUGUCCAAUAAGGUGAAAUUUUGUAUUUUUCAAAGAGGUUUAAUAUUCUUAUCUUGAAAACAGUAACGGAUGUGAAGAUUCAGUUUUAAUUUUCAUCCUAUAUUUUUGGUAUUUGUGAUUGAAUACAACAGUACAAUAUUUGAUGAAUGUGAGAUACAAUGUAGGUAAAUUUGAAUAAUGAAGUAACUUGUACCAAUGGUCUUUCAGAUAUGUAAAAUGCAUGAAUAUAUAGUAAGGAUAAAUUUGUCAUCAUGGACACAUUUUGAGACUUUGUUUUAUUUUGUAUAUUUAUGUAUCAUGAAAUGAAAUUGACUUAGAUUUGCCAAGAGUGCUUCAGAAAACAUCCAGUCUAUCAAAAUGAAUCCAUCCAAUUUUUAAAUUAUUCAUACCAAAAGUUUUUCUUUAUUUAUUCAAAUCCGUCCAUGAUUACAGAAAUUAUGGCAAAUUAUGUUUUACAAGGUUACAUAAAAAAUCUUUAUUAUUAUGCAAACCAUUUUUUGUGUGUGUAUUGAAGUCUUCUUGUGGAAGGGUUAGAUUAAUAAUAAUAAAGAUGCCUAUUUGUAAAAGAGCAAUUCCAUAAAACAGUCAACCGUUUUGUAUAUCAUAUUCCAAUUGUUAACUUCAUGAACUUCUUAAACCAUAACUUAAGACCAUUACAACUUUAAAAUGAACUUUAAAACUAGGAAAAUAUAGGUCUUUCAUAUGAGGUCGGAUGUACUUAAUGAAAUUGCUCUCUCUGUAUGCAAAAUCACUUUUACAAACAAAUAAACACCUUGAACGUUUAUAUAAUGUACCUUUUAUAUGCUUUUUACAAAUUCUGUAUGUAUAUUUCUGUAUUGGCUCUAUAUACAAUGUAUUUCAAUGUAUACCAUGUAAUAUAUAUUAUGGAAAACUUUGUAAUACUGUAGAAAUUUGUGCUAGAACAGAAUGUGUGCAGUGGAAUAAUAUAAAGUAGUCAUAUAUGUUAAAUUAAUGCAAUAGUAUUUUGUACUUUUGUUAAUACAUGUAUAUUCAUUCAUAAUCAUGUAGCCCUAAAUAUUAUUUUCAUAUUCAGAGUAGCUCUACUCUCAAUUUACACUAUCCAUUCCAUUGCUUGUAAAUAAUAUGCUGAUAAUUCUUGAAACAGUUGUUUAUUGUGAGAUCUUUUGUAAGAAAAUAAAUGAUAAUUUAUGACCUU